UAAGAGGGGGGGGGGGGCGUUACUCACUUUGACUUUUCAUAGAGGAAUUUGACUCUGGAAAAAUCUAAUCUGGUGGAAAAGUUGUACUGGAACUGUCCCAAAUUCAUCUGACGUUUUUUUGGGGAAACAAGUCUGCGAGCGUUAGGGAGGCGGAACUUGCUCGUUUAAAGGGAAAAGGAGAGGUGGAAGAAGAGGAGGAGGAGGAGGAGGAGGAGGAGGAGGAGGAACUGCCUCAGCUCCAGCUCCAACUACUGAUCCUGAUCCAGCUCCACCUCUCGCUGCUGCUGUUGCUGUUGUGUCGCCAGGAGCUCAAAGGCUGAGGAGGUUCUGUGCAGGACAUAUUUCUGGGAAACCCUCCAGCUCUCAUUUUUGCCAAGGAGAACCUGGGAAGAAGAAUAAACUUUGCAUAUUUUUCUUGCUCAGUUUCCAGCCGGAUCCCUCUCUCUCUCUCUCUCGUUAACGUUUUUAUACACUGUUUUUCUUCUCUUUCUUCUUCGUUUGCGUCCACAGUCUGUGCGGGAUAAGGUGGAGAAGCAACAAUGCCCGAGAAGUAAAUAAGUGGAUUCAAUUCAUUUUUACGGUGUAUUUCUGGAGAUGUGCCACGGUGGGUUCGUGUGUUGUUGUUUUCUCUAGACUUAAAACUCGGAUACUGGCCGAUGAAUUGUGGGAUGUAAAAGUUCAUUCGCACGGCGGAUUUUCCCGAGUUGACUGCAGACUCACAUCUGUGCGGAUUGCUGCGCAUCUGGAGUCAAUCGAUUCAUCGGACUGCGUCAGAUGCGCUAGAGAGAACGGCGCUCCUGGAUCGUACGCAUCCUCGUCUUCUGAGCGCCAGCCUUUUCUAGACUCCGGUCAAAAUGAGGAUUCAUCUCUUCUAUUUACUCCUUAUCCAUUUUCUGACCUGGUCAGGAGACGCUGACAGACGCCCGAACAUGCGCAGACGCGCACGGCCGGGCCGUCUUUCCCACGAGAGCGCGUUGGACAAAGAACGGGUCCUCGGACGUUUACGCACAGGGUUUGGUUCCGCACUCGCCGUCCACAGUCCGGGACACGGGGGGGUGGGAACAGGGGAGAUGGGAGGAGUACAGGCCGUUGAGGCUGUCCCAGUCUUCACACAGGGCCGUAGAGCAAAGGAUCAGGGCCUCCUGGGGUCCACGAAAAGGGGGUCCAACAUGGAGAACGAGCAGGACAUGCAACAGGAUGAGGGUUUCAAAGGCAGAGUGACCCGGAUGCCGAGCAACCCCGGGUCACCAAAUCUUCUGGCCAGUUUCGCAGGAAAGAAUAGAGUUCUGGUCAUCUCGGCGCCUCACGACUCGGACGGUUAUUACCGCCUCAUGAUGUCACUCCUAAAACCGGACGUUUACUGCGAGCUGGCCGAGAGACACGUUCACCAGAUCGUCAUGUUCCACCAGGAGGGUGAAAUGGGAGGGAAGGUGAGGAGAAUCAGUUCUGAGGGGAAAGUUCUUGAAGAACCACUGGACACAGCACUUAUCCCCAGACUGAUGAGCUUCCUCAAACUGGAAAAAGGAAAGUUUGGGAUGGUACUUCUGAGGAAAACCCUGCAGGUGGAGGAGCGGUAUCCAUACCCAGUCAGACUGGAGGCCGUGUACGAGGUCAUCGACCAAUCACCAGUGAGGAGACUGGAGAAGAUGAGGCAGAAAGGCUUUGUUCAAAAGUGCAAAGGAGCAGGAGUCGAGGGACAGGUGGAGGAGGGCACAUUGGCAGAAACGCCGGUGGAAAGAAAACCCUUCAAGAAGAUGCAACGGAAGCCCUCACCUCCAAUAACAACCACCACCACCACCACAACAACAACCGCUACGACAACGUCCGCAACCACACGUCCCCCAACUACCACCAAAACCACCACCACCACCACGACUAGACCUACAACCACCACUGCCAGAACGACAACCACCAAAUCCACUACAACAACAACCAAACCCACUACCACCACAAAAGCCACCACCACCACCACCACUCAGAGACCAACCAAAGCCCAGACCACGCCUUCAUGGACCCCAGCUCCCAGGGUCACGUCUGAUCCGUACAGAGAUCCACACAGACGGAAGGUGGUCCCCGCAAAAGCUUCGAAGAACAAACUAAACAAGAAGAAAAACGGAGGAGAGAAGACAAUGACAAAAGAGUUCGAGGACAGGUACGAGCCAAGCAGACCAACAGUGGAGACGAACAUCUACACCACCAUCGCGCCAACCAAGAGGCCGAAGGGCAGGAACAACAAGGAGGAGAAGAAAAAGAAGAUGACCGAGAAGGCAUUGAAGAAGGCAGAGAGGAGAGCAGGGAAGGGAGGGAAAGAAGGGAAGAUAGGGGGGAAGAAAAAUGUGAAGAAACCCGAGAAGUAUCCCGAAAUGGAGGAGGAAUACGUUAAACCAACCAAGAAGCCUACGCCUAUUCCAAAGGGAUCACUGGAGUCCUUCCUGGAUUACUUUGAAAACAGGAGACGUAUGCUGCUGAUUACGUCACCCAGCGAGGAGAACAAAAUGUACAUCCAGCAGAGAGACGAGUACCUGGAAGCUGUGUGUGAAAUGGCCAUCAGGAAAGUCUCCAUCAUCACCAUCUUUGGUUCCCUCACCAAUUCCACCAUGAAAAUCGACCACUACCAGCUUGAAAAUGACAAACCAAUGAAGGGUCUUCGUCAGGAGGAUCUUGUAAACCAGGACCUGAUCACCGAACUGAGGAAAGAGUUCAGUAUGACACACGAUGACUUCUACAUGGUCCUGACCGACACUGACAUGAGAGUCAAGCAAUUCUAUGAGGUUCCCAUCGCCAUGAAGGCCGUGUUCGACUACAUUGACACUUUCUCCUCCCGUAUCGGAGAAAUGGAGCAGCAGAAGAGAGACGGAGUUGCAUGCAAGAAGGAAGACAAACCCAGAUCUUUGGAGAACUUCCUUUCUAGAUUUCGCUGGAGACGCAGACUCUUCAUCAUCUCAGCUCCAAGUGAUGAGGAGUGGGCAUAUCAGCAGCAGCUGUACGGACUCAACAGCCAGGCCUGUAACCUGGGCUUGAGGCACAUUGCCGUCCUGAAACUGGUCGGCACAGAUCCGCGAUUCAUGGGCGGCGUCUUGGAACUCUACCCGAUCAAUGGAAGCGCAACUGUGGAGCGCGAAGGUCUGUCCGCCACGCUCGUGAAGGACAUGAGGAACUAUUUUCAGAUUAGUCCGGAGUACUUCUCCAUGCUGCUGGUGGGGAAGGACGGUAACGUCAAGUCCUGGUACCCGUCGCCCAUGUGGUCCAUGGCUAUCAUCUACGACCUAGUGGACUCCAUGCAGCUGCGCAGGCAGGAGAUGGCCAUACAGCAGUCGUUGGGAAUGCGCUGCCCCGAGGACGAGUACGGCGGCUACGGUUACCACCAACACGGCUACGAACACGGCUACCAAGAUGGCUACCACCAAGGCUACGGCUACUAGCAAACUUCGAAGACUGUUUAAGAGAAAUGGAUGUAGUCUUCUGGUUUAAAACGCAACAAACAGGAAGUAAGCAGAAGGAGAACCUGCUGUAGCUACCAGUGACAACGCUAGUUGGUUGUUACAGAAAAUGUUGUCAUCCUUCCUUUGUUUUUCUUGCAGUAAAUUGCAUUUUUUAAAACUAAUAAAUCCACCCAGUCCUCCUCACGUAGGCUAGCUAGCUUAGCUGUUGUCCUACAUCCACUUUACUUCUUCCCUGUUUUACAUAUCAGUUGACCAGCUCUGGUAACCCACCUGACCCAAAUUUAGGAAUGUUUAAUUUCUGUUAUUUUAGCAACUCAACCAUUUUUAGCGCUUCUUUAUGUCAACAUCUACAGAUGCUAUCACGCUAAUUCUACAACUAGAAGACUACGUCCAUUCCUUCUGUGCGGUCCGUAGAACCCGGUGGUAACACGCCACCUACUGUUCUUCGGUGUUUCCCUUCACCAAGCUGUCAUUACAGACAAUGAACACUUUCUAGCACUUAGUGGAAGCUUUAGCUACGCAGCUUUCACAUAUCCAGUUUUUGCAUUUAUAUAUCUCUGCCUACUUUAAAUCAUUUUUUGAAGUAUGUUUGUGUGAAGUAUUCAGUCACAUCAGACCCAUCUCAGGCUGAUUAAGCGUGUGAGGUCACAACCGUGCAUAACCAGCUGGAUAUACCGUUUCAAAUACACUUAGGACAGCCUUGAGUUAGCAUGGGUAUUUUGUUAAGUUGCAAAAAAAAAAAAAAGUUUUUUCUCAUGUGUCGUCUCGAAACGAAGUGUGUUUACUGACCACCUGCCUGAGUGUUCAUGUCUAUUUCUGUGCACAUAUGUUAAGCACUAAGUCCUUCAAAGUGAUUCAAAGCAACUGUAAAAACAAAACUCCUGAAAUAUCCCUUUAAAAUUGGCCGUACUCAGUGCUGACGUGUCUGAAGUUGUUUUGUUUUUUGUUUUUUUCUUCCAUUUUUAGUACGUUUCUCUUAUAUUUUACCUUCUCGGAAUCACACUUUCCUCCAUCCACAUUUGUUUGUAGAUAUCAGAUCAAAUCAAGACAUGUUUUUUGUAUUUAUUGAACAUGUUUGUUUUUUUUGUUUGUUUGUUUUUUUUGGAGCAGUUAUUGACUCCUUUCUGAAAGCUAACCCGUUUUAGGUUAUUCCCCUUUGUAAAGUGUCUGGUCCGUGUUCUUCCUGUAUUUAUGCACUUUUUCGUCGCGAUUUAUGAAAAUAAACGUUGUCUGCUUCUGCUUAUGGUAGUUUUCUUGGUGGUACCCGAACGCCACCUGGUGGUGAAAAAUAUAUUUUGACGCUUAUUAAUUUGGGAAUUUCAAGCAAAUGUCAAAUAAAAUGACAAAACAAAUGCGAAAAGAAAAAUAGAGUUGAAAAUACAAAAUCCAGAUAAAAGAGUGAACAACAAGACAUGGGAAGAAAGAAGGAAAAAUAAAGGUGGCGAGGAAAAAGGAAGACACCGACAAAAGAAGGUAGAAGGGAAAAGAAAAAUUGGUUUGAAAAAUAAGGCAAAAAAAGACAAGGGAAGAGAGCAACAAUUAUGUAGAAAGGAAAAUAAAUUAAAACAAAAUAGAAAAGGAGAGGAGGGAGGGGCUAGAAGAAAAAAAAUGGAAGAAUAACAAGGAGAAAAAAGGAAAAAAAAAUUUGAUGCAAUACAUUGUAUUAAAAAUAUAUAUUUCACCUUUAAUUCCUUGCUCCAGUGACCUCACAGUUUAUUUAGUCUUACGUUUUCACAUUUUGCUCUAUUAUAUUUCUGUCCUGGAUCUUGAAAUAAAAAAAAAAACAAACCACAAAGAUGAAAGCCAAAGUUUCAUCCUUCCCGCGUUCUUGUUUCUUCCUAUUUUACA